ACUGAUUCGACAAGGUUUCAGCGUGUCUUGGCCCCCAGAUGCGAGUUGUAAAUAAUUAUUUUAGUCGCCAGAAUGAUCCCACCGCUGGGUUCCGCCCUCAUUUGGCUGGUGGUGCUGCUGCUCCUGAUGGAACUGGCUGAGGUGUGGUCCAGUUGCUGUGCCUGCCCAGCAGCCCGCUGCAAAAUUCCACAAUGGCCGUGCUGCAACAAGAAGUCCAAGUGGUACCACGAGAUUUUCGGUUAGGAAAUGGAGUUUGCACAUUUCAGGAACUAAAGUCUGAAAUAUCUCCUGCUCUAUCAUAUACACCGCACAAUUGUUCUUCUUUAAUAGAAAUAUACAAACAAAUUGCAAUUUCGAUGACUGGAUUUUAUGCAAUUGAGCCAGUUAAGUUAAGUGAAUUUAAAAUUUUUCCUCUUCACUGUAAAAAUUCAUAUUUUGAUAACCCCAUUAAAUCUUCUUAA